GCCUGUCGUCGCCGCUCGUCCCAACUCACAACAAUCUGCAGCGGUCGCCUUAUACAGACACACGUCAGUCGCCGCAAACACACAAUUGCCCGAGCACGUGUGCGUACGCCCGAAACGAUUACAAGAGCGCCAUAAGUGGAAAUUGGUUGAACUAGGAAUCAUAAUCAAACUGUUUUGUUUGUUUGACAGUAUUUUAAGAUGGCUGAGUUUCGAAAUAAUACGAAUAAUCAACCGCUUAUAAAGAAGAUGUUAAGAAGGAAAAGAGAAACCGAUUUGAUCGCUGAGCCAACGACAAAUAAACUUAAACGUGUAUUAGGACUAGUAGACUUGAUUGCCCUUGGCGUUGGUUCAACUCUUGGACUUGGCGCUUAUGUACUAGCUGGAGAAGUGGCGUUUAAAUUUACUGGGCCCGCAGUUGUUUUGUCAUUUGCUUUUGCAGCUGUAGCAUCGGCGCUGUCAGGAUUAUGUUAUGCUGAGUUUGCUAGUCGUGUACCAAAAGCCGGGUCGGCAUAUGCAUUCAGCUAUGUAGGAGUUGGUGAAAUAGUAGCAUUCCUUAUUGGUUGGGAUUUAAUAUUAGAAUACAGUAUUGGAUGUGCCAGCAUUGCGAGAGCUUUAAGCGGGCAUAUUGAUAAACCACUUGGUUAUCCAAUGAAAACAUAUCUUCAAAGUACGUUUCCAAUAAAGGUGAAUUACUUGGCACCAUAUCCGGAUGUUUUUUCAUUCUCAGCUAUACUAAUUUUAACUAUUUUGAUUGCAUGGGGAAUGAGAGAAUCAUCUAUACUUAACAAGAUAUUUACUGUUGUCAACCUGUUUACAGUUGCUAUAGUCGUCAUCACUGGCCUAUUCAAAAUCAAAUUGUACAAUUGGAACAUACCUAAAGAAAAUAUACCACCGGGUGUUAAAGGCGGAGAAGGCGGAUUUUUGCCAUUUGGAUGGUCCGGAGUGUUUGUAGGAGCCGCAACGUGCUUUUACGGAUUUGUCGGAUUCGACGCCGUAGCCACUACCGGAGAAGAAGCCAAACGACCUAUAAGAGACAUACCUUUGGCAAUAGUUAUAUCGUUAUUCAUCAUCACGUUUUCGUAUUGCAGCGUAGCUAUCGUAUUAACACUCAUGUGGCCAUACUAUUCACAGGAUCCGGAAGCUCCUUUCCCACACAUAUACCAACAAUUGGAAUGGCCUGUAGUCGAAUGGAUCGUUACAAUCGGAGCAGUGUUUGCUCUAUGCACAAACAUGAUCGGUACGCUGUUUCCGUUACCCAGAAUAUUGUACUCCAUGGCAUCCGACGGGUUAUUGUUUCACAUUUUUUCCAAAGUUGAUUCCAAGACAAAAACUCCAUUUUGGGGUACAUUUAUAUGUGGAGCUUUUGCUGCGAUUUUGUCCAGUAUUUUCGAUCUCCAACAGUUAAUGAACAUGAUGUCGAUCGGUACGUUGAUGGCGUACUCGCUCGUGUGUAUUUGUGUUCUGAUUUUGCGGUUCAGGGACGAUGAUUCUGAACAGAGUAAUGCUAGAAACAAUGACGGCCAGUGUUGCGCACAAUUAUCAUCCAUUUUCAAUCGCUCAAAUUUGCAGACUACAACAAAAAACACUGGUCGUAUCUCGGUCAAAAUUAUUCUGGCUUACCUCAUCGUGGCCAUAUGCUUCUGCUUGUCCGUCUCUAUUGCACAAACCGAAGAAAAUUUCAACAUGGUCACGUAUGCGGCAUGCGUCGUUUCCGGCGUGCUUUUGUUGGUGCUUUGGUAUUCGUUAUCGCGACAACCACAAUCUACAAAUCGGCCUACAUUCAACGUGCCUUUCGUUCCGUUCGUGCCGUGCCUGAGCGUCGUCCUCAACAUCUACCUAAUGACGCAGCUGGACACGGCCACCUGGGUACGAUUCAGCGUCUGGCUGGUAAUCGGCAUAGUGAUUUACCUGUUCUACGGACUCCGGAACAGCGCGGAACGGUCGAACCAUCGGCUGGUCCCGCAGCAGGAUGAUGCGGAUAUGGACCUCCAGUUAGGUUGUGAAUUGAAGAAACAGAGAGGGAGACUACAAUAAUUUUGAUGUCCAAUAACAACACACCUACAAUAUAUACGUCGUUUUAUGCAUUUUUACAACAACGAAAAAUUUACCUUUUACCAUUACCUUCAAAGUAUGACAAUAUAACCUACAUAAAAUGAUCUAAGGAUAGUUUCAAAAUGAUUUACAAUGUUACUAAAACACGGUCGUCAUCAUCGACGGCGGUAUAGUGAAUCUCCGAAAUUAUUAUUAAUAUUAUGUUUAUUUGCUUGUUUUUUUUUGUUUUUUUUUUAUCAUGACAGUUAUAUUUUUACUCAAACAACGCUGUAUAUUUUUUUUAAAUACGCGCCUCAAACGUAUUGUUUCACAUUUUUUUUUUUUAAAUGUCUCAUGUCAAAUUACGACUGCGGUUUUUUUUUGUUUGAAAGAUUAUAGCUGUCCUAUUUUUUUCUAAUUUAUUUAUUACAUUAUAUGCAUUUUUGAUUAAUAUACUAACUAAUGACUCGAUCAA